AUGACAACAACAACAACAACAAACAGCUGUUCAGCAACUGUCAUUCUAUUGAAAAAUACUGCCGGUGUUAAAAAUUAUUCAUCUGAUAAAUUGUAGAUUAUGUGAGAAAACUAAUUACUGCAACAGUUAUAGAUCCCGGUCAAUUUUCUUAUCAGCAUGAAUAAUUUCCAGAAAUGUCCCCUGAAAAUUUACAUUCAAGAUAUUUUCCGCGCGAAGCGAUCUGCCGAAAACAAGUACAUUUACGAGAUUUUCGGCAUGAAUUUCAAGAAUAUUAUGAUACACGGCGUUGUCACGUCGGUAUAUAAUAUUACAGCAACAUCAUCGAACUUGGAAAUAAGUGAUUUGACGGGAUCUGUACAAGUAUACUUUGAUUCUUCUAAAAGUAACCACAAAAUAGCUGAAGGCACUUUAAAAGACUUGAGACGGGAGUAUACCAGUGCAUCUCAGUUUGGAGAUAUUAAUAUAGACAUUAUGAAUACUUUAAUGAGCAAAAUAACAGAUGCGUCCAAGAGAGUGAUUACAGAAGGGAGCUAUUUGAGUAUAAUCGGGGACAUUUUUGUUGAUGAAACCAAAAAUGUUAGGAUGGUAUCUGCAUUUGAAUGUAGUGAGACUUCAGAACAACGGGAUAUUGUGUGGAUGGAAGAGCUCAGGUAUCUUUACGAAAAGUUUUAUCUGUGGGAGAAAGAAUAAGUUUAUUUAGUAACGGAGUACUCUUGAAAAAACUUUUUGCUAACAGAAACUAUUCAACAGAUUGUUGAUAAUCAUACAGUAUUCUAUUUCUAGUUCGAUUAUGCAAGUUCUAGGUUUUUAAUAGAAUAAAAUAACAUUUUAAGUGUGUAAAUGUAAAUUAAGUUAGAUAGGAGUUUUUUUUAUACCAUUAUGAAUGUAUAUUUGUUAAACUACUCCUUAACUAACUAAGUUGAAUAAUGUAAGUAGUCGUCUAGCAUGUAUGUAAAUAAAUUGAUUAAUUUUUGUUAUCUUAUUUAUAGUGUUUUGUAAGUAUACCUAAAAAUAUCUGAUGAAAAAGCUUACUCCG